ACUGGGCAGGAGGGGAGGGAGGAGAGCAACGGAUCUUGCUGCCGUUACGGCAAGAUCGGCUGAAUUCGCUCGGCUCCACGAGAUUCAGAGGGAGCUGCGUCGCCUGAGCAUCUUGGCCCACUCGCACUGGGUGGACCACAGCACUCAUCUGCUCGCCUCUGCGUUUCGGCACAAUCUGCUGCAUGACCCGGCUCUUGCCACCACCACGCCCCUCAAGGGCUGGGAGGAGACGGUAGUGCAGCAGGAGGAGGAGGAGGGGGAGGCGAAGGUCGAGAUGCGCAUGACGCUACCCGCCUGCCCCUCGCCCUACGUGGCGGCUUUGCUCUUUGCUGCCUCAGCUGACGUGCACCGCGCGGGCUGCCACUCCCUCGACCGCCUAGUACUGAGGCUCUUUGCCUGGCAGCUGUCAGACCAGGCCUUCCAAGCCUACGAGACCCUCACCACCACUCAGCGUGUAUCUGAGAAGGGCGUGCUCCAGCUGCUGUUUGAUGUGCGCCUGCUGGCAGACGUGCUCUCCGGUGGAGCAGACCUGCCGCUAGAAGCGCUCCGGCUCAGCAGCGCUUCACCACCAGCAGCAGCAGCGGGGGGAGCAAGAGGGGGGGCAACAGCAGGAGGGGCAGGGGCGGGGAGUAUUGCUGCGUCAGUGGCAGCGAGGAAGAAGCGAGUCGGGGCUCUGCUGGAGAAGCUGCAGGAUGAGCUGGACCCCAUCGACAGAGCAGCCUAUCUGCCCUUCCUGUGGCAGAACCAGCAGCGCUUCUACCUGCGCUCGGCAGUGCUCUUCGGUCAUCUGGCCCAGCUUCACCGGCUCUACACUGACUCUGCGCCCCGCCACCCCUAUGCUACGGACGCCAAUACGCUUGACACGGCACCGACCGUUCCGCGCUUCACAUUCCUCCCUAUAAGCUCUCCUCUUCUGACCAAUGGGGGGUUGGCACCUGGCGGUAAGCCCCGCCGUCCGUCCACCUUUGGAGACGUCUCACUAUCCGUUUCUGGCUCUGGCAGCAACAGUAGUGCACCGGCUUCCCGAGUGCCUAGUGGAGGGGCAGGAGCAGGGGCGGUUGCAGCAGCAGCAGGUGUCAGUGGUAGUGGGUUUGGCAUGGGGGAGGAGCGUGGGGAGAGGAUGGGGCUCUUGGAGGGGCGUUCUCGUUUGCAGAUUCAACAGGGCUUUCAGCUACGCCCAUCUUCAAGUCACUUAUGGGUCAGGUCAAGCUGGGGUCAAUUCUCGGCGAUGGCAGUCAAGUGACUCGCAACAUUUCCAAUUUACAGGAAAUGUUCAACCAGCCAUCACAAGCAGGUGGACUCUUCUCUUCCUUGACCAGUGCAGCUGCUGGCAGUUCGUCUCGUCUCCAAGAGUUGUUUUAAAAGUAGAAUUGCUACCUUUGAUGAAUGUGUGCUAGUUGACUUGUUAGUGCUUUGAUCUUCAUGUAGGCACGAAUCAGUGUUCCUUUUUUACUCAUUUAUACAUGCGAGUUCCAACUUGGC